AUGUCUUCUCGGUAUAAAACUUUCUCCGAGCGUAGUUUCACCGCUAAUGAGAACAAGUAUAAAAUCAACACGGUCGAGUUGAAAAGGCCUCAGAGACGACCGUCUACUGUUGCACAACUUCGCGCACAUUUGCACAAUCAGACUUUUGUCGGCCGAGGGCACCAGUGCCAAGUAUAUACUGCCCAGGCCCAUGCGCCCCUCGCCCACGUACAGACUGCCCAUCAGGAUCAUGGCCUGCCGAUUCGGGUGAUCAUUGCUGGGCAUUACUUGACCACUAUCCCUGCGCGCCGCUCAGAGAUGGCUAACGGCCAUACAUUGUUUCGAAGCCAUUGGCAUCACAGUGUCCGAAGAUUAUUCAACUCCACUGAGGCAAGUUUUGUUCGAGAUCUAGGCGAUGAGGAGGUACUCCAGGAUCGCAAGGUCCUGCUGGCGGCAGGCAAAGGAGUUUUGGUGAAACACACAUGUCCUUUAGGAUAA